CGUUAAUAUUUGUAGGCGCAGGGCUCUGAAUCAGUGAUUUUGCAAAUAUUUGUUUACGAUUUGUUUAGUUUUGUAAAUUUAAUUUUUUAAAUACAAAAAAAAAAGAAAAACAUGACUGAGGAGUGGUGUUGUGAAAAACUCGAAAGUCUCAAAACAAAAGAAAAUCGUUUGUCUACAUUGGCAGAAAUACGCGGUCGGCUUAAUGAAACUCCAAAUUUGGAAACUAAAGUUACAAACCGCUUACUGAGUUCCUCGGAAAUUUAUGACUGCUUAGAGGAAGACGACCAAGAAAGUGAUGCAGCAGUUAGUGCUGAACCGCUUGAUUUGGUCAGUGAUAUAUUGUCCAUAUGUAUGGCAAGUUUAACUUUAAGACAAAACGACUUGCCGCACUUGUUGCACAGAGCCUUAAUGCACAAACGACCCCGCAUUAGAGCUCUAGCUUUAAAUACCAUUCUAAAGGAAUUGCAAAAUCAAAUUGGAGACGAAAACUUAGAUGAUGUCAUUUCUGACGAACUUUUGCGCCAUAUUUUAAAAGCUCUGCAAGAACCUGAGACACAACUGGGUAGUCCAGCUUUAGCAAUAUUAACAUUGGUAUUGGAAGCUCGUUUAGAGGAGCAGUUUGUCAAAGAUUCACUACUAAAUGCUCUCAAAGGUAAUGAAGUUAUAAAAUGUCGUGUUUACGAGUUGGCUGUGAAUUUGGGAAAACGUUCAGCUGCCACAUUGGAAAAAGUGGAAUAUAUAUUAGAUCAUGCAUUGGUUGAACUGGACAAUGAUGAUAUUUUAUUACAAGUAAAUGUCUUGGAAAUACUUGUUUUACUUGCCGAACAAAAUCAUGGACUUCUAUAUUUGGAAAAACGAAAAGUUUUUGAUGUAAUUGGCAAACGUAUUGAAGAAAUCGAACAGAAUCCACUUGAUCGUCUAUUAAUUCCAGGCAUUAUGAAGUUCUAUGGUAAAAUAUCCAGUGUACAACCACAAAAGAUUAUAGUGGGAUAUCCACAUAUGAUUAGUUGUCUAUUUGAAUGUUUGAACUCUAGUGAUACUUCUAUUUUACCAGCAGCAUUUGAUACAUUGGCAAAUUUAACCCAAAGCCAACAAGGAGUAAUUCUGCUGGAACAGAAUUAUGGCACUGCCAUGAAAGAUGUAUUUGAAAACUAUUCCUCUUAUUUGCGAAAUUUGCCGACAGAUUUAAAGAAUCGUGCAUUUAGCAGUUUAGAACAUAUAUUUACGUUUGAAUCUGCAGUAGCACCGGAAAUUAGUUGUAUACUACAACGUUGGUUUAAUUAUCUAAACGAUGGCUCGAAUAAUAUGCAAUUUCUAAUGGACUUUUGUCGCAAUCCCUUCCCUGACAUCAAAAUAUCUACGCUUAAUUUAAUUGGUGCUCUGUGUCUAUACCCAUGGGGUAUUGAGGCACUUAAAAAUACAGCAGGAUUUUUGGAGUAUUUACUUGACCGCAAGGUGGAAUUUGACAAAGAUGCUAAAUAUGCAAAAUUCAGUGUCAUCAAGUUGUUGGCCGAUAGCAGUGCUUUCGAUGUUCAAACUAACAUACAACUGCGUACUUAUGUUAAUGAAGGUCCCUAUUAUGUGCAGAGUAUUAUGGACGUUGCUGUGGAGGGAAAUUAAUAAGAAUUGACAUUAAUUUUAUUAUAAUUUUAUGUAUCAACUGUAUUUAUAACACCAAUACAUACACUUACUUUACGUUAAAAGUAUGUAUGUUAUAAAAAGAUAAUAAAUGAAAAUUACAUAUUUUUUCUA